AUGGGUAUGGACAAAGAGACCAAUGUUGGGACUGCGAGCCCAGUCUCAGAGGAGGUAGCCGAAGUGGGCUCCAUUCGAGAGCUGAAGUCGUUGCAUACGGAUGGUCUCGACCCGAUUUUUGAGCAUCAAGCUCGACUCGUGAACCAUGCUGUCCAAAAAAUUGGCAUGGGCAAGUAUCAAUGGGCCCUGUUCUUCCUCUGUGGGUAUGGUUGGUUGUGUGAUCAGCUCUGGCAAACGACCGUCUCAGAUGCGCUCGCUCAAGUAGCCGUCGAAUUCACCCCGAAGCAUUCAGCGUUCUUGUCUCUUGCCUUGAUCGCUGGAUUGGUUGUUGGAGCAACUUUCUGGGGGUUUGGAUGUGAUCUGAUUGGGAGACGGCUGGCGUUCAAUUUAACCCUGCUGAUUGCCGGAGUUUUCGGCACCGCUGCAGGAGCCGCCAACAGCUUUGUGUCGUGUGCCGUUCUUGUCUCCUUCUGCGGCUUUGGCGUUGGAGGAAAUUUGCCCGUCGACUCUGCCGUCUUCCUGGAAUUCCUUCCCGGCACUCACCAGUACCUGCUCGAAAUAUUGGCCGUUUGGUGGUCCGUCGGGCAAUUUAUCCCAGCAGGAGUGGCAUGGGGAUUUCUUCCCAACUUUUCGUGCAGCGCCGACACCCCAGUUGGGCAAUGCCACAAGAAGGACAACAUGGGAUGGAGAUACUUGAUGUACACCAUGGGUGGCAUCACCCUCGCUGCUUUCUUUGCCCGCUUCGUCUUCUUCCGACUUCGCGAGAGCCCACGUUAUCUGAUUGGUCAGGGACGAUACCAGGAAGCCAUCGACGUUCUCAACGAUGUUGCCAACUACAACGGCACCACGCAGCCUCUGACUGUUGAGGAUCUGCUGCAAGUCGAGAGAGACUAUGCCAGCUCUGGGCAUCCUGCGGCCACCAAGAGGCCAACGUCCUGGGAACGCACCCUGGCGCAAUUCCGACCCGGCGGCUUCAAGCACCUUCGAGCCUUGUUCGCGACUAAGAAGCUGGCCUACAGCACAGCACUCAUCAUCUUCGUAUGGGGCUGCAUAGGACUUGCGAGUCCCCUCUACUCGAACUUCCUGCCUGAAUAUUUGGCGUUGCAUGGAGCACAGAGUGGCUCCAGUAGCAUCAACAUCACAUACCGCAACAACUUCAUCAUCAUCGCAUGCUCAAUUCCUGGCACUCUGAUGGCAGGGUGGUUCAUUGGACUGCCAUAUAUUGGCAGAAGAGGCACGCUCGGGAUUUCCCUGAUCUUGACAUCGGUCUUCUUGUUCGCCUUUACCGCGGCGAGGACCCAAGCAUCAAUCCUUGCUUUCAACUCUAUAACCAGCUUCGUGUCGUACAUUAUGUGGGGUGCGUUGUACUGCUACACACCGGAAGUCAUCCCCAGCGUGCACCGAGGAACAGGUUGCGGCCUGGCGGCGGCAUUCAAUCGAAUCUGUGGUCUCAUGGCACCCAUCAUCGCAACCUAUGUCGGCUAUACAAACACUCCCAUCUUCGUCUCGGCGAGUUUGUACAUCGUUGCUGGGCUGGUGAGCUUCCUCUUCCCGUAUGAGACAGCCGGAAAGGCCAGUCUAUAG